AUGGUUCUGAGUUGGGACGAGUGUUACUGGGCCGCAGACUACGUCUUGGAUGCGCUGGCUGAGAUUGGAGAGACUUGGUCUUGUUUAGUUGGAGGAAUGGCAGCCAAGUUGCAUGGGGUGGAUAGAAUCGUAAAGGAUUUGGACAUUGCUAUCCUUCGACCAGAUAUGAGUGAAGAGGAAAUUCAAGACGCCCUUAUAGACUACGACUCUGAUCGUUUCUAUCUCGAACGACCCAGGAAUCGAACUGCAGAGUUUUUCAAGCUCAUGUACCGAAUUCCAAAUUCGACUCACGUUAUUAAGGUAGACCUCCUCCUCAGUAGUCACCCCGAUUUGGAAAUACCCUGGUCGUUUCAUCGCAACCAUUUUGUCGAAAUCAACGGCUUGCAAGUGGCACCGCUGUAUUUUGUCCUCUAUCACAAGCUACUGGGAUGGGAGAUUCGGAUCAAUUCGUACCAAUUAUGGAAACAGUAUCAAGCUAACGACAAAGAUUACCCCGACAUCAUCUCACUUUGUGAUAUCCUAUACCGAGCGGGGGAAUCGAAAUCUCUACAAUUUGAUAUCAGUGUGAGCAGAAAGCAAGCGCAUUCGGGAGGCUAUUCUCAGAGCACCAGCACACCUUCCGUGGCAAGUAGAACCUCGAAUGUCUACCGCGGUGGCUUCAUAUCCACCGGUCACUGGAUAAAUUCCAUUGAGCCAAGGGAUAAUUACUGCACAAUGAGGGCUAUAUGGCUCACUCAUAAUGAGAGAGGAGAGACGGGGAUAUCACGAGGGGUUAAUGAAGUUAUUCAGAUGGCCUCAGAGGGUCUAGGUAUUCAAAAAGUUGGUCAUGGGGAAUAG